AUGGAUUUGGAUCUGUGGAUCGUUAAGGUCAAGGUGAAGGAGAUUCUUAUCGAAGAGUCGAAUGUGCAGCCUGUCAACAGCCCUGUGACUGUGUGCGGUGACAUCCACGGGCAGUUCCAUGACCUCAUGAAGCUGUUUGCAACUGGAGGGAAUGUCCCUGAUACAAAUUACGUAUUUAUGAGCGACUUUGUUGACCGCGGGUUCAACAGCCUGGAGGUCUUCACUAUCCUUUUGCUUCUAAAAGCAAGGUAUCCUGCCCACAUAACCCGGCUGCGCGGAAAUCAUGAAAGCAGACAGUUGACACAGGUGUAUGGUUUUUAUGAUGAGUGUCAAAGGAAAUAUGGAAAUGCCAAUGCAUGGCGAUAUUGUACUGAUGUUUUUGAUUACCUUACUCUUUCAGCAAUCAUUAAUGGCACAGUCCUUUGUGUUCAUGGUGGCCUUUCACCCAAUGUACAGUCAGUAGAUCAGAUACAAAUAAUUGAUCGCAAUUGUGAAAUUCCGCAUGAAGGGCCUUUCUGUGAUCUGAUGUGGAGCGACCCAGAAGAGAUUGAUACAUGGGCAGUUAGUCCCCGCGGAGCAGGUUGGCUCUUUGGAACAAGGGUGACUCAAGAGUUCAACCAUAUUAACAAGAUUGAAUUAGUUUGCCGGGCUCAUCAACUGGUCCAGGAAGGCCUAAAGUACAUGUUUGACAAAGGUCUUGUAACUGUGUGGUCUGCACCUAAUUGUUACCGAUGUGGCAAUGUUGCUUCUGUACUAAGCUGCAGUGAAAAUAUGGAAAGGGAGGUCAAGUUUUUCACGGAGACGGAAGAAAACAACCAGAUGCGAGGGCCAAGAACUGCAGUCCCAUAUUUUCUUUGA